AUGUCCACGAACAUCGAGCUCGCCAUCUCCUCCCUCCUCCAGCGCGGCCUCCCCAUAUCCGUCUCAAACGUCCUCCUGGCCUACCUCCGCAUCCUCGGCUAUGCGCCGCCCGACGCGACCGACGUCUCCGUCCCGCACGAGGCCGUCGUCGCCUUCGAGCACGCUCUCGACAAGGAGCCCCGCGCUACUGCGACCAGUAAUGCGUUCCGCCCCCGCGCACAUCUCCCCGAGAUCACACAGCUCCGCAAGGACUACUGGCGCGAGCGCCUCGCCGCGCCCCCCGCCGCGCGCUGCACGUGCCCGUCCUGCGGGCACGUCGUGUCCUACCGCCGGGACAUGCCCAAAGAGUCGGAUGACGAGUGCGAGCCGAUAUCGGUGCCUGCGCCGAAGAAGCGCGUGAAGCGUUCUCCCCGUAGGUCGUGCACUGUUCUGCCCUCUGCGACGAUUGCUGACCGCGGUCGGCACUGUAGGGAAGGCCCAGGCGAAACGGGCAGCGGCGCGCCGUGGGGUGGCGUUCGCGAAGGGGCCGCUGGAUCCGUACGCCCCGUCGACGAGCACAUGCAUCUCAUGACUCUGUGUUCCAUUUCUGUUGCGCGGCAUACCGCACCUGGCGAUAACUAUGAGGCUGGUGGCCGGCCGUUUCGGAGUCUGAUGUGCUAG